CCUCCCCCCGUCCCCGCCCCCGCCCACCCUUUCCUCUACAACCACACACAUCUACGCCCGCGCACCCACAGCAUGCUCCACCGGAAGCGUUUGAAUGCCCUGCUCGAUACGGAUCCCACGCCGGAGCAUGAGCGCCAGGUAGUGGCUCUGGUCACCCAGUCCACCGGGGGCAACCAGUUCCGCCUGGCCUUGGCCCCUUCCUCUGAGCACCUUGUCCCGGCGGGAUCCAACAUCGCCGAAGCCCCCGGGCAGGUGGAGAUCCUGGCCCAGCUGCAGCCCAAGCUUCGCGGGACCCUCUGGAUCCGGAGCAGUGACUUUGUUGUGGCCGAGAUCGCCGAGACCCCCGGGGUCGGGGGCAAGCGCGUCGGCACCAUCCUGCAUGUCCUCCGAGCGGAGCACGUCCGCCGCUUCAAGGCCCAGGGGAUCUGGCCGGCCGAUCUGCCCGAGCCGAAGCGCGUCUCCGCCGCCUCGGACAGCGAGGACUGCGAUGCCGCCGGGCCCGAGAGCGAGUUCCGCUUCUCCAAUUACCACGGCGAGCGCCACCACCACUCCUCCGACGAUGAAGGCUCCGGUGCUGAUACCGGUUCCGACAGCGAUGGCACCGAGGACGAUGAGGAUGGCUCCGACGGCGACGACACCGAUACCGAUGCCCACAUGGCCGCCAGGCUGGGCGCCAUGCUCGGGAGGCGGUAGGCAGGGCUCUCGGUCAACAUACAUGCAGGGUGACCAUCCCUCCUGCCGCAAGAUGUGGAUUCUCCCUCUUCCUCUCUCUCUCUCACUCCUUCAAUAUAUCUGUUGCCUCUUGUUCUCCA